CUCCUUUUGUCAUCAGUGCACCAAUAUGUUAGGCUUACUCUCUCUGUUGUAGCCUCAUCCUUCUGCUUGGUCUUUUCAUUUUCCUUUCCUUAUGCAACUUGUCUGAUCCUUGUUCAUUGAAGGGUAAUGUUAAGAAGGGAUAUAUUUGUUCGAACUGCCAAAAAGAAUCAGUUAAAAUAUUAAAUUUUAAUAGUCAAAACCUUGAUUCUCCCACCCCCAGUGUAAUGGGCACUAGCACUUGCUACUGCAAUUUAUAAAUAAGUUAAACAAACUUUGACUGCCUUAGAAGGCAAAAGUACUAAUGCAGAAUUUAUAAACAGGGGUUUACAGAGGUAAACAAUUUGGUACAGAGGCACCAAAACUUUGUCGAAUCUUUCAAGAUAAAUUCUGACCAAUGGAAAAAGAUUCUAAAAUAAAUUUCUUUGAUGUUUCUUUUUAAUUGUUUCAUUGGACUAUUUGCUUUUACCAGUAAAUCCCUGACUGAGACGUUAUGAAAGUGAUAUUGCACCUAGGAAGUCAUUUUUAUAACCUGUCUUCACUUUGGUCCUUUUGCUAGAGAUUGCAGUCACUGCUCAAUUAUUAUACCAUUGGGCGGAGGGGACGAGCGCUGCACGUGCACGUGCUCUGUUAUCUGGUAGUCCUGGACGCAUCUACUAGAAGACUGUGUUCCAGAAGGGUUUAUUAUUUACUUUUUAAAAAAAGACUGUGAUGAUAAUUGUUCGUUUCCUACCUAUUUAUUGUUUAAAAACAAUAAUAGGAUCUCAUUGAUAAGCAGUUAAACUUCUGAGUGUCAAUAAUGGAAUAUUGUUGACGAGUAGUUAAAUUUCCAGAUUUGUUUUAUCUGUAUGAUUUAAAGACCAAAAAAACCAUUAAUUCCAUAAAUAUAAAGUGACCAGACACAAGUGCUGGUUAAUUUUCAUUUAAUACUUCAGGACUCAAAACAAACCGAUUUUUAAAAAUUAUUUUCUUUGAUAAUAUCCAAGAUUUAGCCUGAUAAAACUCAAAUUUCUUGCCCAAAGGUAUAAUAUGUAUAUAUCUAUAUAUAUGUAUGUGUGUGUGUGUAACAAGAAAAACAAAACAAAAAACAACUGUUUACACCAGUCUGAGUGAAAUGAUGAGGGAAGUAAACAUUGUGUUUUUUCACUAAAGGUGAACACUGGGUAAGGUAAGUCCUUUCCGUUACAUCACAAUGAAAAGCGCAAGUUGUGAUGUAAAACAGCUGUGGUAGUAAAGUGCUUGUCUGCCCCAUUUUGCUUUGUUUGGCUGGUUAUGAGUGAAUUAAAUAUAUAUUUACUUUUUAAAAAUCUCCAGCAUAGAUCAAUUAGUUGAAAGUCAAUUUUCUUCGCAACUAGUCCUUUUCACAGCUUGCCACUUACCUCCCGCAACCAGUUGUUGAAUCAAACCAGGCUUGUCCUUAAGGGCAAGUAGCUGUCGUUUUUUUAUGUAAAAAUUUCUUUUGAUUGGAAAGUGUCUUUCAAAAAACAAAAGUUAAACAUAUACUGAUAUAUCGUUUCUUCUGUUGUUUAAAAUGCAUUCCCCCCCACCCCUCAUUCAAGCAUUUAAGAUAUUCAUCACCAGUUUAAGGGAUAGACGGGAUGCUUUCGGAACAAAAUUGUGAUUGUAUACUGGAGGACCAGGAGUUCAUGGUCAUCCUCUCUUACUUACUGAGUUUGAGGCCAGCCUGGACUACAUGAGACCCUGCCUUAUUAAAACAGACAAACAAAAAAAAGAAACUUGUAAAGUUCUUUAUUGUCAACUCCCAUUGACGGAUCCCCUCACUUAGCUUUGCCAUAAGGACCCGGAAUUCUCUCCAGCUGGGCCUACCACUGAGGGCUGUUGGGUUUAAUCCAGGAAAGGAGGGAUCGGAUGGAAGCUGUGAGAAUGGCUUUUGUUUGGUUCACUGUAGCUUUCUGGUCUCUGCACUUCAGGCAAGAUCUAACCACCCAGACCUAAUGUUUAAGUGAACUAUUAGCCUAAUUUUAUGUCUCAACUUAAUUCUGUGUUCCUGUUACAGGGAGAACAGACCCUAUUCCAAUCGUUGUCAAGUAUGAUGUCAUGGGCAUGGGUCGAAUGGAAAUGGAGCUGGAUUAUGCCGAGGAUGCUACCGAACGGCGUCGUGUCCUAGAAGUAGAAAAAGAAGACACAGAGGAGCUGAGGCAGAAGUACAAGGAUUAUGUUGACAAAGAAAAGGCAAUUGCAAAAGCCUUAGAAGAUCUCAGAGCCAACUUUUACUGUGAACUUUGUGAUAAACAGUAUCAGAAACAUCAGGAAUUUGACAACCACAUCAAUUCUUAUGAUCAUGCACACAAGCAGCUGAUGUUUUGAGAGCAAAUCCUUCUAAUUUGGGAGCCCAGAUCACAAGAAGAUUAAAAGAUCUCAAGCAGAGAGAGUUUGCCCGAAAUGUGUCUUCAAGAUCCCGCAAAGACGAGAAGAAACAAGAAAAAGCCCUUCGGCGGCUCCAUGAGUUGGCAGAGCAAAGAAAACAAGCUGAAUGUGCACCGGGAAGUGGGCCCAUGUUCCGACCAACCACGGUAGCUGUAGACGAGGAUGGUGGAGAGGAGGAUAAAGACGAGUCGUCAACCAACAGUGGUGCAAGUGCUGUUUCUUCUUGUGGCUUUGGAGCUGACUUCUCCACAGAUAAAGGGGGCUCUUUCACGUCAGUACAGAUCACUAAUACCACUGGACAGUCACAGGCUCCUGGCUUAGCCUCCCAAGGUAUUAGCUUUGGCAUUAAGAAUAAUCUGGGACCCCCACUGCAGAAAUUGGGAGUAUCAUUUUCCUUUGCCAAGAAAGCUCCCGUCAAACUUGAAUCAAUAGCAUCCGUUUUCAAGGACCAUGCAGAGGAAGGGAGCUCAGAAGAUGGAACGAAGGCUGAUGAGAAGAGCUCUGACCAAGGGGUGCAGAAGGUGGGAGAUACUGAUGGCACUGGUAAUCUUGAUGGAAAGAAAGAAGAUGAAGACCCUCAGGAUGGAGGGUCCCUUGCCUCAACACUGUCCAAGUUGAAAAGGAUGAAACGGGAAGAAGGAACAGGGGCUACAGAGCCAGAAUAUUACCACUACAUCCCCCCAGCACACUGCAAGGUCAAACCUAAUUUCCCCUUCUUACUCUUUAUGAGAGCCAGUGAACAGAUGGAAGGGGAUCAUAGUGCACACUCAAAGAAUGCCCCCGAGAACAGAAAAAGCAGCUCUCCCAGGCCUCAAGGCUGUAGUAAGGCAGCAGCAAGCCAAGGAGCAGAAAAAACAGUGAGUGAAGUUUCUGAGCUGCAAAAGGAAGCCGCUGUGGCUGGGCCUUCAGAGCAUGGAGUCAAAACUGAAACUAAGAAAGGCUCGGGAGGAGGGGGAGAUGAGCAGAAUGUAGAGAGUAGGGAGACGUCAGAGAGCCCAAUGUGUGAGUCCAAUCCUAAAGACAUUUCUCAGGCCACCCCAGCAACAAAAGCAGGCCAGGGACCCAAGCAUCCCACUGGUCCAUUCUUUCCAGUUUUAAGCAAGGAUGAAAGCACUGCUCUCCAGUGGCCAUCAGAACUACUCAUUUUCACCAAAGCAGAGCCUUCCAUCUCCUACAGUUGUAAUCCUUUAUACUUUGACUUUAAACUUUCAAGAAACAAAGAUGCUAAAGCUAAAGGGACAGAAAAGCCAAAAGAUGUUGGAGGCUCCUCAAAGGAUCAUCUCCAGAGCGUUGAUCCUAGAGAACCGAAUAAAAGCCAGGCAGAGGGGCAGGACGUAGUGCUCUCUUCAGAAGGCAGAGUGGAUGAACCUGCUUCAGGGGCUGCCUGUAGCAGCCUGAACAAGCAGGAGCCUGGGGGUAGCCAUAUGUCAGAAACUGAAGACACUGGGAGAAGCCAUCCUAGCAAGAAAGAACCAUCAGGCAAGUCUCACAGACACAAGAAGAAAAAGAAACACAAAAAAUCCAGCAAGCACAAACGUAAACACAAGGCUGACACAGAAGAGAAGAGUUCUAAGGCAGAGUCUGGGGAGAAAUCUAAGAAGCGCAAGAAACGAAAACGGAAGAAGAACAAAUCAUCAGCCACAGCUGAUUCUGAACGCGGACCCAAACCAGAACCUCCUGGAAGCGGCAGCCCGGCACCACCGAGAAGGCGGCGCCGAGCUCAAGAUGAUUCCCAGCGGAGAUCCCUUCCUGCUGAAGAAGGAAACAGUGGCAAGAAGGAUGAUGGUGGGGGUGGUAGCAGUUGCCAAGAUCACAGUGGGAGGAAGCACAAAGGUGAACCACCAACUUCCUCCUGCCAGCGGAGAGCUAACACCAAACAUAGCAGCCGGUCCAGCCAUCGGAGCCAACCCAGUAGUGAUGAUAGUGAUGACGCUUCCUCACACCGUCUGCACCAGAAGUCUCCAUCCCAGUACAGUGAAGAGGAGGAGGAGGAAGAGGAGGAGGAGGAGGAAGAGGAAGAUGAAGACUCGGGUAGUGAGCAUUCUCGUAGCCGCUCUCGAUCUGGCCAUCGCCAUUCCUCACAUCGUUCCUCCCGGCGCUCUUACUCUAGCAGCUCUGACGCCUCUUCAGACCAGAGCUGCUAUAGUAGACAGCACAGUUACUCUGAUGAUAGCUACAGUGACUAUAGCGACCGAUCACGAAGGCACUCCAAGCGCUCUCACGAUUCAGAUGAUUCAGACUAUACCAGCUCCAAACACAGGUCUAAACGACACAAAUACUCAUCAUCUGAUGAUGACUAUAGUCUCAGUUGCAGCCAGUCCCGAAGCCGAUCUCGGAGUCAUACAAGGGAGCGAUCAAGAUCCCGGGGUCGAAGCCGCAGUAGCAGCUGUAGUCGCAGUCGAAGCAAGAGAAGAAGUCGCAGCACCACAGCCCACAGCUGGCAGCGAAGCCGAAGCUAUAGCCGGGACCGGAGCCGCAGCACCAGGAGCCCUUCUCAGAGAUCAGGCUCUAGAAAGGGCUCAUGGGGUCAUGAGAGCCCAGAGGAAAGGCGCUCUGGCCGCCGGGAUUUCAUUCGUUCAAAGAUCUACCGCUCUCAAUCCCCCCACUAUUUCCGAUCAGGUCGGGGAGAAGGUCCUGGAAAGAAAGAAGAUGGCAGAGGAGAUGACAGUAAAGGAGCAGGCCUGCCCUCCCAGAAUAGCAAUACUGGCACAGGAAGGGGGUCAGAAAGUGACUGCAGUCCUGAAGAUAAGAAUUCUGUUACUGCCAGACUGCUGCUAGAGAAGAUCCAGUCCAGGAAAGUGGAGAGGAAACCCAAUGUGUGUGAGGAGGUGCUGGCCACCCCUAAUAAGGCUGGGCUUAAGUACAAGAACCCCCCACAAGGUUACUUUGGGCCUAAGCUCCCCCCGUCUCUUGGUAAUAAGCCUGUUCUUCCAAUGAUAGGGAAGCUUCCAGCUACCCGGAAGUCCAAUAAGAAAUGUGAAGAGUCUGGCUUAGAAAGGGGAGAAGAGCAGGAACAUUCAGAGCCAGAAGAAGGGUCCCCAAGGAGUAGUGAUGCUCCAUUUGGGCAUCAGUUCUCAGAGGAAGCAGCUGGUCCCUUAUCAGACCCUCCCCCAGAAGAGCCAAAGUCUGAAGAAGCUACUGCUGAUCACUCUGUGGCCCCUCUAGGCACCCCAGCCCACACUGACUGCUACCCUGGGGAUCCAGCCAUCUCCCGUAACUACCUCCCGGACCCCAGCGAUGGGGAUGCUCUGGAGUCUCUGGAUAGUGGCAGUCAGCCAGGCCCUGUGGAAUCCAGCUUGCUGCCUAUAGCCCCAGACCUUGAGCACUUCCCCAGUUAUGCACCUCCCAGUGGGGAACCUAGUAUUGAAUCAACAGAUGGGACUGAGGAUGCCUCCUUGGCUCCUCUCGAGAGCCAGCCCAUCACCUUCACCCCCGAGGAGAUGGAGAAGUACAGCAAGCUCCAGCAGGCUGCACAGCAGCACAUCCAGCAGCAGCUGCUGGCCAAACAAGUGAAGGCCUUUCCAGCCUCCACCGCCCUAGCUCCAGCCACACCAGCCCUGCAGCCCAUCCACAUUCAGCAGCCAGCCACAGCCUCUGCCACCUCCAUCACCACUGUUCAGCAUGCCAUCCUACAGCAUCAUGCUGCAGCUGCUGCCGCCGCCAUUGGCAUUCACCCUCACCCCCACCCUCAGCCGCUUGCUCAAGUACAUCAUAUUCCCCAGCCCCAUCUAACCCCUAUUUCUUUGUCCCAUCUCACUCACUCAAUUAUCCCUGGCCACCCUGCCACCUUUCUAGCUAGCCACCCUAUCCAUAUAAUUCCUGCCUCAGCCAUCCAUCCUGGACCCUUUACCUUUCAUCCCGUCCCACACGCUGCCCUCUACCCCACCCUGCUUGCCCCACGGCCUGCUGCAGCAGCUGCCACGGCCCUCCAUCUUCACCCACUGCUUCACCCCAUCUUCUCAGGUCAGGACCUGCAGCACCCUCCCAGCCAUGGGACUUGAGUUGGGAGUCGGAAGCCUGUGUUGAGCCAGGGAAGGUGACCUAUUCUUCCCUUGGGGGUGUUGAGCCAUUUAUACCAGCAAGUAAAAGCUGGAACGGGCAGUGUCUUGACAGCCAAAGAAAUGAGUUUUGGCUUGCAGGGAUGGAUUUAGAUUUGAGGUUUGCUUUGGGUUUACUAUCAGGGAUAUUUACCCCCUUUCUAUUAGUCCCUCCCUCCUGUGUUUCUAAGCUAGGGAACACCAGUAAGUGCUACCCACAGUCCUCUGCAGCAACAUCUCCAGACUGUCAAGUAAUCCUCCUUCCUUCCUCUACUUUCUGAUCCUCUGCACUUCCCCUCUGUAAGUUCAAAACAUUUUCCUCCUCUAAUGGGUUGUCACCAAAGCACUUGCCACGGGCCCAUCUGGUCCUGCCUUCUCAGUGCCACGAGGAAGGCCAGGCUGUCUCUUCAGUGGUGAAAACUCCACUUUUCGGCAGUGUCUUUGACUAUCCGUUUGUGACACGUUAUCCCAGGUGAGGUGGAAGAGGGAGUCUAACCUAGAACCAAAAGCAACUCAGGCUGCAAUUUGAUCUACUUUCCUUAUAAACAGAGCCAUGCACUUGGCACUACUGUCCUCAUGCCCCUCAUCCCAGAAGAGGCAUCUACAUAUCCCAGAAAAGAAGAUCCUAUCGUGAGUAGAAGCUACACUGAUCAUAGGGUCACCCAUGUGCUUCCCAGAAAGGAGCUCGUGUCUGAAGGGUAUAUUUCCUUCUGUUAUGUUGAUGUUUUCUUCUUAAUUUAUAGGAUUUUUUAAUGUAAAAUUGCACUGAACUCUAUAAACAUAAAUGCUGCUUUUUGUAGCUCAUAUUAAAAAGGUUCCGUAUUUGUAGUAUACUGCAAUAAUAUUUUUUACAUCCAGCUCUUUAAGUGAUCCUUGUUCUGGUGGCUUUCUGUAAAUAUGUUUGCCCUAGUUGAAGUAAGAAACUUUAAAGGUUAUAAAA